AUGAACCUCCAGUCACAUCUGCUGCGCAGCGCACAGCAGCUGUGCUCCAGACGCAUCCUCAAGCUAGUGCUGCCGCUCGUGAUCGUGCUCACGGUUGCGGCUGUCGUCGUGCAAAGCUCGCACGGCGUGCAGGAUUCUCGACUCGCUAAGAUGCUGCCCAGCUACCAGGACUGGGUCGCCGAGCACAAGGGCCCCUCCCGGUCGCACAUCGACAGUGUCCGUGUCACUCCCGUGGACGGCAUCAAAGUUUCGCCGCUCGAGCUCAUCCCCGAGUUCGACCAGGACAUGGAAAACCGCAGACGUGCGUCCUGGAACUUUUUGGGCCGCAACCGCCAGUACCGCAAGUUCAACGAGCUCGACAAGACCUCCCAGUGCUACUUCUACUUCCGCAACCUCUACAACAUGAACUCCAAGUGGGGCAACGAUUUCCAGCGCUGGGCGUUCGCCCUCAACGAAAACGUCGACCACGCUGACGCCAUCAAGGACUCUGACGGCGUCACGCUUUCCAGUCAGGACUCUAUCAACUUCCAUAAGCGCAUCAACAACGUCGCGCUCUCCAUGGAACGGAUGCGUGUCUACGACACCUGUUUUGCUCAGGACAAUUCCGUCGAUUUCGCCGCCAUCUUCGACACUCCCGAAAAGUCCGGAACGGACUCCAACGCGGCUGACGCCGACAUCUUGGCCUCCGCGCUCGACCCAAAUCGCGAAUACGACUCGGAAAACUCUAAACGUAACACCCGUAUCUAUCGCCGUUUCGACCAAUGGGACCUCGAACAUCGUAUGUGGCCCAUCAUCCGGUACUUCACCGCAGCCAACUUCUCAGGCGUCAUGCCCAAGUUCACGGGCUCGGGCGGCCAACUCGAUGGCGGAAUCUUGCCCAUCAUGCAUACCGGCGGUCGCGAAGUCCACCAACACGUCAAGUACACCUACGACCCACGCAAAUCGUUCUUACAGAACUGGAACGCCAUGAGCUCGCUCGUGGCAAACCGCGGUAUCGUAUUGAGUUUCGGUGACGGCCAAAAAGAAAUGGCUUCCAAAUUGAUUGCGACCCUCAGAUACAUGGGUAACGAGUUACCCAUCCAGGUCGUCACUAAAGGUGACAUUGCCGACGAAACCGUCAGAGAUUUGCUCAAAAUUGCACAGGCCGACAAAUUGGAGUAUCCAACUGUACAGUAUGACCACGGGAAAGACGUUCCGCAACAGUUGUGGUUCGUCGACGUUUCUCCCACUUUGGAUCCCGGUGUGAUCAACGAAUUUUCCCAUUUCAAAAAUAAGUGGCUGGCCGCACUUUUCAACACUUUUGAAGAAUACGCUUUCAUCGAUAUCGAUGCCAUCACCUACGUUGAUUUUGAAGAAUAUUUCAACUCCAUCGAAUACCACCGCACCGGUACCGUUUUCUUCAAAGACAGACACUUAACCAACGGUGUCAGCGACAAAUGUGCUGCUUUGUUUUCAACCAUGUACCCGCAUUUCUUGGAGUCUAAGUAUUUUGGUCAUUACGCCAUGGUCAACGAGGAAUACGUUGAAGAACAAUGUUCCAAGUUUUUGACUACAGAAGAGAAGAUUUUCUCGAGUUUCUUCAUCGACCGUAAUCAACACCAAAUGGAAUCUGGUCUGGUCGUGGUGGAUAAAAACGCUCACAUGAUACCGCUCAUGAUGGCUACACUUUUGAACAUGGCCAAGAAAAGUAGUAGCUGCGGCUACGGAGAUAAAGAAUACUUUUGGCUCGGAUUCUUGGUGUCAGGACACGAUUACGCCUUCAACAGUGUCCCAGCCGGUGCGAUUGGAGACGUUAGCAAAAUCAAAGAGGUGAACAGGGACCUCCAAGAGGAAAAAUACGAAAUAUGCAAUGUCGUUCUCGCACACAUGACAGAUGACAACAGAUUACUUUGGGCCAAUGGCGGUUCGCACUAUUGUAAAUUCAACGCUGCAGAAGACGACUUCAAACCGGAUUCCUUUUGGUCCAAGAGAGUGAAAAGUGUCGAUGAGCUAAGAGGUAUUUUCGAAGGUGUCAUUGAUGCUAGAACCGGUAUCAUCGCUGCCGAAAAGGAUAACAGCUGGGGCCAUCUUGAAGGUUGCCGAGGCUAUAUCUGGUGUGCAAGAUACGAAAAACACAUCAAACCUUACACAUUUGACAAAGUGGUGGAAAAGGGUAAAAUGAUCAAAUUUGACCCCGAGUUGGUUAAACGCUACAAUGCCAUCAACAACGUGUGGGCAGCUAAUUAUUUGUAA